AUGGAGCUUCGAGACAGUCUUGGUCGACAGUGGGCUCUCUAUGUCGCAGCAUCAGCUACUGUGCUAUAUGGCCAUGCUCGCAGCAAUGCUGGAAAGCCAGAGUGUGCUGUUUAUGGACUUGCCUCGGACAAGAGAGACAAGGUUUUACCAGAUCACCAGCUACAAUUCAAUUUUGUCACUCGGAAGAGUCAUCUAGCGAGGACGAUGUACUUGGAACGAUGA